AUGGUGAUUACAGGCAACAAUGAGGCAGAAAUUAAGAACCUAAAGGCUUUCCUUAGCAGUCAAUUUCGAAUUAAAGAUCUCGGGCCUCUGAAGUAUUUCCUUGGAGUCGAGGUAGCACAAUCAAAAGCUGGAAUCACAAUUUGCCAACGGAAAUAUACACUGGACAUAUUGGAGGAGGCUGGAUUACUUAGUGCUAAACCCACGAAGGUUCCAAUGGAGGCAGAUUUGGUACUAACACCUGCAGCGUAUCGACUUCUUCAAUACCUUAAAGGAGCUCCUGGACAAGAUAGGUCUCGCUGCCCCAUUACACGUCGAUCAGUGACUGGUUAUUGUAUAUUCCUUGGAAACUCAUUGGUGUCCUGGAAAAACAAGAAGCAAGUUACAGUACCUCGUUCAUCCGUAGAAGCGGAGUAUUGA